CAAUGCGGGUAUAAUAGACUAUUUACGAACACGCAACGGAUCACUGACAUAUGGGUAGUCGAAGAUAGUGUGAGGGCAGUUCAGGACUGAGCCAAAUUAAUUUCGUCUGGAAAUAAUAAGCUGAAAGUAAAGGCGACUCGAUGUAACUGUCCUACGGCCGCUCGCUGCUUGCGCUCCGCCGGUGACCAUGCAGUGCCAGACGGAGUCAUUGCUCUCUUCUCCCGGGUCAGUCGGAGCACCCAGGCAACGCUACAAGACUUUCAUGAUAGACGAAAUCCUUUCGGACGAGACUUGCAAAAACUUGGAGAAACAGUCCUUCGGCAACCUGGGACAAUAUUUCAUCUUGCGACUAAAACCUGAGUUUCAUCGUUCUGCGCAAACCUUUCACCCAGGUAUAUGCCAGGUGAGCAAAGUACCGAGCGCCCCUACACUAGGUGCCCAGCGGAUGGUGCCCCUGUACCACUUCUCAGACUCUGCCUCCCCACGCAUCGCCCCCCUACUGUCCGAAACGUCCUGUGUACCCUUGCCCCGCCGAGACUGCCCGCUCCUGCCAUGUCCCGGUAAGCCAUCUGCUGGGUUCAGGGGCAGACUGGGGUCGGAGCAUGGCGCCCCCCGAGGCAGGAAACUGCGCCGCUGUCGCACCAUCUUCUCUGAGGGGCAACUCGUGGGCCUGGAGAGGAAGUUCCAGAGGCAGAAGUACCUGUCCACGCCUGACAGGUUGGACGUGGCCCAGUCCUUGGGGCUGACGCAGCUGCAGGUGAAGACCUGGUACCAGAACAGGCGCAUGAAGUGGAAGAAAAUGGUGCUUAAAGGUGGCCAUGUGGCUCCCACCAAGCCCAAAGGCCGGCCCAGGAAGAACUCCAUCCCCACUACCCAGGAGAUCGAGGCGGCAGAGAGGCUGGCCUGUAGGGUACAGGAGGACAUCAGCCACCGGGGGGCGCUGCCGGACACAGCAGCGACUGCCGGACCUCGUGGUCCAUCUCCUCAGGACAUCCACGGCCAGGCGCAGACCCCUCUAGCACCACUUCCACAUCCUGUUUUGGACAUGGGCGUGGCAGGCUGAGGCCACGCCCCCCUCCCCAGUCCAACACUGAGACCAUUCUGGACAGCAUGCUGGCCUCAGACAGACGUUAAACCUCUCCGGUGAACCAAGCUGGAUAGCCAAACUCCCCCGUAAAAACGAGCUCUCCUCUGGUGCCGCUAAUGCUGUAGCAGCAAUGCUAAUGGUGCUGCUUCCCGCUGUGCCAGCAGACAGAUGCUGGGCAGCUCAGCCGUGGCGAACGUGGAUCGGUGGGCGAUGUCACGCACGCGCCGCACCCUGCUGCUUUCCGGCUGGAAAGCCUCCUGCGGCUCUGUUUGUAAUUAAUUCCCGCGACUCCGCCGCUGUUGGCUCCAAUGUCACGCUCACGUGCGUCUCAUCCACUCGGGUAAAUCACCAAAGAUGUGUUUAUUUUUAGUCUUUAUUCUUUCUUUGGGUAAAAAUGGAACAGCAGAGAGUCGCCCUAGAGACAGGGGAUCAGACAAGCGCCCUGUUCCCCAUGCAGUGCUUGUUUACAAGCUACUUACAUUAUAUUUUGUUUUGUUUUUUUUUAACAUGGUUUAUUUUGGUUUUGUGGCAUUUAUUUACUCUGAACCCUGCCAAUAUACAGUUACUUAGGAGAGGGUUUGUAGAACUGGGAUGCAGACGCGCUCAUUUGUUCCUUCCAAAGACUUCAUUUCCAGGAUGGUGACAGACACACACAAAUUUCCGCAUCUCCUGCCUAUGAGAAGUUUCCCCGGAAUAGAAAGUCGCAGCUACAGAGGCGGCAGCACAGACUGUAAGCUGCCUCAAAGCUGCGAUUCAUGUUGGAAACAUGUAAAGAACUUUUUAAAAAAUAAAGUAUAUUUUUGAUUCAUAUAAA